UACAGACCAUUGUAAGCAGUAAGAAAGGCAAAUAUUGAAGUGCAGAGGAGAGCAACAGGCAGGCAUCUCCAGAGAGAGCCUGAGAGCAAUGCUCAGUCCACUGACAACAACGCAACAUCCGGACAGUAAGGAAAAGGGAGGUUUUUCAUACUGCAGCCUGCCCUGGGGCCUCAGAAAUCAUCUGCCUUCUUCACAGCAAUGCUUGGACCACAUACUGAACCAAGGACAAAGUUUCUUCACUGCAUGUAGUCUGACUUGCACAUGGACACAGUAAGUCAUCUAUGCCUUUCCACCUUUAACCUGCUUGGAUCAAGGGAUAUAAAUUGAAGUUUCACUGUCCACUCUUUUCUGAAGUAGCUUAGACGUUGUUUUACAUGCAAGUCUUGUCAAUAUGCUGCCUGUGGUUUUCGUGACAUGGUGGGUCUGGGUGUUCCUUGGAAGCGUAGGUGGACAGUCCCAAUCUCAGCAUCAAUCUCAGACUGACAACUCAAACCCAUGGAGACAGAUGAUUCAAUGGGAGAACAAUGGACGUGUGUUCAGUCUUCUCAACAGUGGGGCUGAAUACGUCCCGGCUCGGGUUCAGGAGCGUGAAGGGAACCCCCGAGUGAUUUUAGCGGACGCUCCCAACCGUCGAUCACAGGGUGGGAAUGUACGGAGGCAAGCACCCUCCAGAGGAACUUCUGUGAUUGUGAGAGGCCAAGUCAGACAUCCGUUUGGGUUUGGCCAGGUGCCAGAUAACUGGCGUCAAGGUGCAGCUGGAACAGGUGAAACGAGUCGCUUCCAGUCAUCUUCCGGCUCUCGGCUCUUUAGACCAUCCUCUGGCUCAUCCUCCUCCUCAUCCUCUUCUUCUUAUUCACAGUAUCCAUUCCCUCAACAGCCUCCUUAUUCUUCUCUUUAUGACUCGGAUCUAGACAGGUCAUACGAACCUCCCUUCCGUGGGACGGGGUACUCCACGGGCACUGGUGGUGGCUAUGCCGGAGGAGGAUAUGGAGGAGGUGGAUACUCCACUGGAAGUUUUAGAGGAGGUAGCUAUAAUGGAGGGGGUACUGCAACUGAGGACAGGCAUCAACACUAUGCCACUUAUGGUCAACCAAACCAAGAUGUUCCUGCCCAGCCUGCACAGCCACCAGUCUCUGAUGGACUGGACCACAGGUACAUGCACAGUCUGUACAACGAGGACUCUCAAGAUGCUGCAGUACCUGUCUCUAGCAACACAGGCUCAUUCCAGCCUGCGGUGCAAAGCCCCCAGUAUGAACAGUUUCCCCCCUUUGGAAGGCCCCAACCACAGCCUUCGUUUGUACAACCACCUCCACGUAACCCUCUCAUCUCUAACAAUGCAGAGAGCCCCAGCGUGAAUGCAGGGAGUGUUUAUCGUCCUCAGCAAAGAGGUUUGCCUGACCUGGUUCCUGACCCGAAUUAUGUCCAAGCUUCCACAUACAUUCAAAGAGCUCAUAUGUACUCUUUACGCUGUGCUGCAGAGGAGAAGUGUUUGGCCAGCUCCGCCUAUAGUGCUGAAACCACAGACUACAGUGUCAGGGUUCUUCUGCGCUUCCCUCAGAGAGUGAAGAACCAAGGGACGGCUGAUUUCAUGCCCAACCGACCUCGUCACACCUGGGAGUGGCACAGCUGUCACCAACAUUACCAUAGUAUGGAUGAGUUCAGUCACUACGAUCUGUUAGAGGUCAGUAGCGGCCGGAAGGUGGCAGAGGGACACAAGGCCAGCUUCUGUCUGGAGGACACGACCUGCGACUUCGGCCAUCUCAAACGAUACGCCUGUACUUCACACACCCAGGGUCUCAGUCCAGGUUGCUAUGACACAUACAAUGCAGAUAUUGAUUGCCAAUGGAUUGACAUCACUGAUGUUCAGCCAGGAAACUAUAUACUCAAGCUCCAAGUUAACCCAAAGUACUUGGUGCAUGAGUCGGACUACACAAACAAUGUAGUCAGGUGCAAUAUCCACUAUACGGGCCACUUUGUCAGGACAACAAACUGCAAACUCUCCCAGUCAUGAUGUGUCAGAUCCGGAUGAAUCCCCAUGGAAGCGCUGUCCAUUGCAAUGUGAAUGGAAUUCCUGGUUCGGUUGUGAUUUUUUAUUGCGUUUGUCUCGGUUCCCAUAUUUGUGCUGUUCUUGUGAAGCUGGGAGGAAUGAGCACACAUAAUGUCACCCUCACGCAAAAACAAACACACCCUGAGGAAUCCCAUACUUCACAGCACACCAAAGCCCAACGUCUAUUUUCCUUCCAGCCACCCCAUUAACCCUGAUUUUUCAUAAAAACACACACUUACUGCCCCCAAUUAAGUCUAAUUCCUUCACCAUUUCAAGUGGGUUACUUCACUGGAAUGCAAAGUGAGAUCAGGUAUGGCACUGCUGAACUGUAAGUCUUUCAGAUCAGGACAAUCAGCAACUGGAAACAAUCCUCCUAUUUUUCCAAGCCUCUCUCUUUGUCUGUGCCACUUUAGUGAAGGUGCAAUACUGACGAAAGAGUCGUAUGAGAGAAUGGCCGGCCUGUCAGUCAUCCUCCAGCAAACCAAUUAAGUAAAAAGUGGUUUUAGUUUGAAUGAGAGACCUGGAAAAAAUAGCUUUGGGAUUAAAGCACUUUGAAUAAAUGCCUUGAAUCCAAAAGCUGGAGGCAGUUUAUCAAGGUGUUUUUACCUUGGAGGUUUAUUAUAGUCUUUUACUCAACCUGCUGAGAUUUACAUUAAAUUUGAUUGUAAUGUUGCCUUAUAUGUCAGUCCAUUGAUAAUCAAUAAAGCAAACUACUUAAAUUCAAGCCAUACUUGAGAAGUUCCCACUACAAGCAGCUGAAGCUCUAUCAGUUUGGUUUUCUGUGAUUAAAUGGAUAUUUCAGGUUCAGUACAAGAAUUAACAAACAGAAUUUGUGGCAUCAUGUUGAUUACUGUACCACCACAAAUCAUUUAAUAGGUAAUUACACUUGAUUUGAAACCUUUAAAAGUUAUU